UACAAGAUGACAUUGUGGAGACAGCAAAGACUCAUGCAAUCCUGGAAAAAGAUUCGAAAAAGAAGACAAACGACUGAACGGCCAGAUAAAAGUUCACUUCUCAAAUUUUCAGGAAACUCAGUCCAAGCGGUGGAUGGUAUGAUGGGACCAGAAGAAUAUAAAAGCCAAAUGGAAUUUUGCGGAGCACAUAGCCACGACGUUCACAAAAUGUCAACAACCUUCUUCUCCGAUUGUGCCAAGAUUGUCAACUCACGGUCUUACCUAGGCAUUUUUAAAAGGCUAACUCUGGAUUUCAAAACACAAUCUAAUUGAUGGCGGCUCUGCAGCUUUAACCUAAAAGAUC